UAUAACCAAGACAACAACAAUCAAACCCCCCAUCAACAACCACUGCAAAAAACCUGUUAGAGCUACUAGACAACAACAAUGGAGUCCAAACCGAAAACCAGAACCGCGCAAAAUCUCUACACCACAAGCGGUGGCAACGCGAUCGGAAUCAUCGAUAACCAGGUAAACGUUGCAGCAACUCCUGCUGCGAAAGUUCGAAAACCAGUAACCACGCGUAUUUGGAAUACACUGAGCAGGAAAUCAAGUAAACCGCCGCAACAUAAACAAGAGGUGUCCGUGUCGAUCGAUGAGUUUAGGAAGAAUACUGUAAUGGCCGCGUUGCCACCAGUACUACCAACGUUGCCGGAGGAGAAGGAUAAAGAAAUGAUCGUAAUCGAGGCAAGGAAGUCAGUAUCUGAUGUGGAAAUCAUCAAGCCGGCGAAGAAGUCGACAUCGGAAAUAUUGCAAGAAGAAAUGAUCCAACAAGGGAGGAAAUCAACGUCGCAUAUAGAUAUGAUAUUUGAGCCAGCAAGGAAAUCAGUGUCGCGGAUUGAGAAGUUAGAGCCGGCAAGGAAAUCAGUAUCACAUAUUGAUAUUCAGGCGAGGAAAUCAGUUUCACAUAUAGAGAUGAAUAAUGUUAAAUCAGUGGCUUCGUUUCUGAAUGUUAAAGUGGUUGCCGUCGAUAUGCCGGGAUUUAUGCAAGUCCAUUGUUUCCGGUGUGCCAGAAGAACUUACGACGGUUUAGACAGUUUUAGCGCUAAGCACAUGGCUUAUAACAUGAAAAAGGAGUUUGAUAGGGUAUAUGGACCGGCUUGGCAUUGCAUAGUUGGCUCAAGUUUCGGGUCGUUUGUGACACAUUCAACUGGUUUUUUCUUGUAUUUUUCUAUUGAGAAAAUUUUUAUUUUAAUUUUCAAGACAAAAAUUCAAAAAGCAUUAAAAUGAUUAUAUAAUCAUGUUGAUUAUGUAGCUCAAGAAAACAAAGAAGAAAGUAAUGGUACAUGGUUCAGUUUAAAA